AUAUCAUAGACAAUCAACAAACUAAAAAUGUCCGUCGAAAUAGAUUUCCAAUAUAUUUUGUGAUUUGAAUUUGUGGCUUGCAAUGUAAUUAAUAGAAAUAAAAACAAUCUGGAAAGUAUUUAUUUACAGUAAAAAGAUGAUUGUGCAAGAACCUAUCCAGGUUAUCGUUUGGGAUUGCCUCAACAAUUAUGAAUUCGAAAACGCUAUAUUUUUGGCAGAAAGAUUGUAUGCGGAAGUUGGCUCAGAAGAAGCUGCGUUUUUGUUGGGAACAUGUUAUUAUAGGUCAGGGCGAAUUAAUGAAGCACAUCAUUUACUUCAAAAUAAAACCCUUGCAUUACCACAAGCAAGGUUUUUAUUAGCCAAAUGUUCAGCUGACUUGAAAUCCUACAAAGAUGCAGAAAUUGCACUGGGCUCCAACCUUGAUAUAAUAGCUUCUGAAUUUGGAGAGCAGGCGCCAUACGCUUUACAGCUUCUUGCCAAAGUAUACAUCAGCACAGGAAGAAGGAAUGAAGCCGCUGAAGCCCAUCGGAAAGCACUAUCUCUUAACCCAUUUAUGUGGAAAUCAUUUGCACAGCUCUGUAAUAUGGGUGAGAAAGUUGACCCCCAACAAGUUUUCCAAAUAAACAACUCUGAGUUCACAUUUGGUGUUACAACAUUAGUCAAUCUAGUCAGCAAUUCAGAAAAUAUAUCAUUUGUUAACUGUAAUAUUCAUAAUAACAGCAGCAUGAAUACAAAUGUAACACCUAAUAAUGUUGCCACACGUACACCCAUGGCUAUGUCGACAAGUAUAACUCCUGAGACACAAGCCCCAAUGAAGCGAAUGCAUAGUGUUUUUAGUGGUAUGGCACCUAUUCCAUUUUCACCAUCAUUUGGAAUGCUUACAAUGGAAGAAUCUCCUGUAUUAUAUACUCCAACAUUGACAGAUUCAAAUGAACAGAAAGCAAUUCCUAAAAUAGUUAAUUCUCUACGUGCACAAAUGGGACAACUUAAGGAUGCAGUAUUUAGCCCAGCUCCAAGAUGUACACUUGGCCCUGCCCCACGUAGAUCAUCAAGACUAUUCAGUAAUAAUAAUAGUAGUUAUUCAGUAAAGGAAAAUAAUAAAUCACCUAGUAGGAAAUUUGCAGCACCAAAGAGUCCCUCAAGAAAAAAUAAACAGAGAACUGCUAAAAAUAUUAAAUCUAAUACAAUAGAUUCAAAUAAAAGUAUAGAAACUGUCACUCCAACCAUACCUCCAAAGAAUUCAAAUGGAGUAGCAUUGUUGAGUCUUAUGAAAGAAAUAGGAGAAGCUUAUAAAUAUCUUGCAUUUUUAGACUGUAAAAAUGCAAUAAAAUCCUUUCAAGAGUUACCUCCAAAACAAUUGGCUUCACCUUGGGUACAAACCAUGAUCGCACGUAGCCAUUAUGAAUUGGCUCAAUAUGAGGCAGCUGCUAAAAUAUUUUCAGAAAUAAGAAAACAGUAUCCAAGUCGUACUGAAGGGAUGGAAAUUUACAGUACCUGUCUAUGGCAUCUUCAGCGUGAAGCACAGUUAUCAGCCUUAGCACAAGAAUUAGUAGAAUUAAACAGAACUAAUCCAAUUGCUUGGUUAGUUGCAGGAAACUGUUUUUCUCUUCAUAAGGAACGUGAAACUGCAUUAAAGUUCUUCAGACGUGCAGUUCAGCUAAAUCCAGAUGCUGCUUAUGCACAUGCAUUAUUAGGGCACGAAUACGCCGUAGCAGAAGAAACUGAUAAAGCUCUUGCUAGCUUCAGGUUAGCUGUUAGUAUUGAUCCACGAAAUUACGUUGCAUGGUUUGGUAUAGCUACAGUUUACGCACGACAAGAACGUUGGAAAGCAUCAGAAGUUCACAUACGCCGUGCUCUCAGUAUACAUCCACUUUCAGGAGUGUUGAGAUGUCAGUUAGGUCUGGCACAGUCUGCUCUCGGAAAAAUGGAAAGAGCUUUAUCCACAUUAGAAAAAGCUGUAGCAUUAGAUACAGAGAAUCCCUUAUGUCGUUUCCAUAGAGCUUCUGUAUUGUUAAGAGCAGGAAGACCGCAAGAUGCAUUAGCAGAUCUACAUCACUUAAAGGACAUAGCCCCUAGAGAGUCAUUAGUUUAUUAUUUACUGGGAAAAGUUCACAAUAAAUUAGGUAAUGCUCAUUUGGCAUUAAUGCACUUUAGUUGGGCUACAGAUUUAGAUCCUAAAGGAACUGGAGGUCACAUAAAAGAAGGAUUCGAUCCAUCAAAACAGGAAGAUCCACCUGAGAGAUCAACCUAAAAAAGUAUGACGAAUGUAAAGGAUACUAUUCCAGAUAUGUUGGUAGAAUGCCAGCAUGAGAUCACUGACUGAUCCAUUGUAAAUAUUGCUCUCACCCAUCGGACUUAACUGACACCAAAAUAAUUCUUCCAAAUAUAAAAUGUAGCUUUACAAUGUUCAAUGGGUGCGGUGGCAUUAGACGCUGUAGUAAUAAGAGCGUACAUGUGGAUAUGUUUAUAUAGAUUAAGAUGUGGAUAUUCUUAAUAUUGAGCUAGUUUAUAAACUUCUAGCCAAGUAAUUUAACUUUAGAGAGGGUAUGAAGUAACUAUGGUUUUGUAAGAUGUUUGUGAGGCCUUGAUCUCAUUUGAAUGAUUUGAUAAAAAGAAAUAAUUUAUGUACCUAAUUAUAAUGACACAAAAAUGGCAAGUAAUAAAGAUUCUGAUGAUAAGCUUUUUAAAGUAUCAACAAUAUAAUUAUGUUCCAACAACUAAAGCAACUAGUGAUCUAUUUUAAACAGCUGUUUAGUGUUUCAGUUUGCCUGGCUGGAUCCACUGGCAGUAUUUAAAUAUCAAUAAAUCAUGUAGUGUCUAGAAAAGUAUUACGUUCAUGCAAAUUAUGAACCAUGCAUGUUUUUUUAACUUUCGAGACAUUUCUCCGCUUUGGAUGUUAGUUAUAACUAUUUCCUGAAAAUUAUGAUCAACAAAAUGGAUGUAUGUACCUGUUCACUAUGAGACAGAUUAGUUCGUAUAAUAAAAUAAAUAUCAAAUGAAAGUUUUAUGUGUAUGUAUAUAAAGAAUAAAUUGACUAAAAUAAUAGCACUGUUUGUCGUUUCAAAUCACUAAUGAACUGCUCUGGAAAAGAGACAAUCUCAUAUGUAUGAAGUUUAAAUAAAACUGAUUAUAAUAAUUA